UUUUUGAUACAAAUACGACCAAAACGCUCACAAGAAGAAAAGUAGGAAGUAGAGUUCUAAUGUAAGCGUGCGCAGUAGAAAGUGCCUUAUAAACAUAAACGAAUAUUCUCAGUGUCUAUUAGCUGUGUGUUAAGGAUAUGGAUGACCUUGGUGCCGAAAUUGGGACUUGUAUUUCAGAAGACGAUACCUCUGUUGAUGAUGAACCGCGAAGUAAAAAGAGGCGAUUAUAUGUGCCUCUAUCAGCAGAGUGCUUCAAAAGAACUCCCAAGGAGACAGGAUUUCACCGAAGUGCUAGAGAGUGUCUAAGAAAGAUUCGGGAAGAUCUUUUACAACAUCGGUGGCAGGAAGCUGCUGAGUAUAUGAUUAGUUACUUCCAGACGCUGGAGGACACCACUGUAACCAAGCAGCUGUUGGCAUCUGAGAUUAUUUGGAGGUUAGGUACCGAGAUUCUCCAUCACCACCCUAACUCUAAUCCGGAAGAUUUCAAUUCUUUUUUAGAGCAGAUGAAAAAUAUUGGAGUGAAGAGUUACUUAAAGGUCUCUUUGGAACAUGCUUUCCAUCUGUUGUUGACUGGACAUUUUGAUGAGGCCAAACAACAGCUAUCGAUAGCUGAGAGCUGGAGGUAUGGGAGACAGUCUGCCUCUCAGGCAGACAAGAUGAAACUCAUCCAUGCCUAUAGGGGGUUCCUUGACUACUUCUCCUGGAUCUCUAAGAAGAACGCCACCUCAGGAGAUGAUGAUGCUGAUGUCGCUGACCAUAAAGAGAUGCACAACUACUUCCGGCAAGCAUCAGUUAAUCUUCAGGAGAUACUAAAGCAGCCAGGAGUGUGGGAUCCGUUUGUAAUAGGUUAUGUCAAUAUGCUAGAGUUCUACAAUGAUCAGGAUGGGGCCCUGAGUAUACUGAAAGAGUAUGCCUAUGACAACAGCUUCCCACCCAAUCCUAAUGCUCAUGUCUUCCUCUAUGACUUCUUAAAGAGGCACGACGCUCCAGAGAAGAAAUUGAUCAGGGUGCUUGAGGUUCUCCAGGCAUUGGUUCCUAGUCAUGAGCUGAUGUUGGAAUUAUGUUCUCUUUUGCUUAAGUCAGAUGAUGAAAAACACCUUGAAGAAGCAACAGGUGUAAUUUUUAGCCUUCUUGACUACAGCAGCUGGAAACAAAACCUAGAAGCAUGGACUUAUUUAAGAAACACUGUUAAAAUCCUUAAAAAGAAAAAACUGAUGCAUUUAAUCACCAAGGAGUGGGAGACUAGAAAAGACUGGUGGCCAGCCUUUCAUUUCAGAACACAUCACGCAAAGAUAGAUUUAGAAGAGAGCAAAGAACUGAUUACACUGAAAGCCAAGACUGCCUCACUUUUAAGUGGACACAAAUGCAUAUAUUGCAGAAAGAAACUUGAACUUUUUAAAGAGAGUAACGGACAUGCUAAAAAAGUGAGAAAUGUGGUGAAACGGACUGCAUCACCAAUAGCUUCACAGGAGGUGUCAAGAGGCCACUACUAGGGUGGAAAAGUCCUGUAUCAUUUCAGCUGCAGUUAAGUGUUAUUGAC